AUGGAGAGAUUGAAAUCAAACAGGGUACCUAAGAGAGCUGAGCCAAGAAAGAGCGAUCCACAUAAUGUUUCAUCUGCAUCUACAAUUGGACGGAAUAUUUCGUCAGCAGCUACGAAAAAGAGAGGUGUAGGCGAGCUUGCCAGUUCGGUUAAUCGAAUGAGCCUAGAAGAAAACAAAACUGGUAGUGGGGGGAAUUUUUUUAAAAUUAAUAUUUAUUUAAAAAUAAUAAAAAUAUAGUUAACUACACUGACUGGCACGGGGUGAUUUUGGCUCGAAACUGAGCCAAAAGCACCCCGUGCCAGUCAGUGUAGUUCACUAUAAUAUUUUCAAAUAUAAAAGGGCCAGCAGUGGGACCUUCACAUUCAAUAAUGAAAAAGUCAUCGGAACAGGCACGUUUGCUAGUGUUUCUCAAGCUACAAUAGCAGAAACUGGAGAAGUCGUAGCAAUUAAAAAGGUUUUGCAAGACAGAUUAGGUUUUGUUAAGCUCGAAUUGGUCUUUAGUGCCUCUUUGCCUUGCCGAUUUCAGAUUUCUCGUCCUCCUUAGUAUAGGUUUGCACUAACGGAUUUUUCUGUCGAUGUCACUAAAAAGAUUGUGACAUCUUCAUCUCUCGGGGAGAUACACACAGGUGCUUCUUUGGACAACUCCUAGCGGUGGGCAUCAUCUACCAGGGGAUUUGGGUAAGGUAAAAUCCUAUAUCCUCCUUCUGGUUCCUAUUACCUUUCACGUCCAGAAGUGCAUGGACAAUGAUAGACUUGUCUAUGGAUCAGGGUAAAAUCUCUGUAGUGGUGUCCAGGCAAGCCCAUUUUAUUUGUGUUCGCAAGACAGAAGAUAUAAAAAUCGUGAGCUGGAGAUCAUGAAAGAUUUACACCACCCAAACAUAGUAACUCUUCGUCAUUCAUACUUCACGCAAGGCGAGAAGCCUGAUGAAAUGUUUUUAAACUUAGUUAUGGACUUUAUUCCAGAAACUAUAUAUAGAGUUACUAAAGAUUAUGUUCAUCAGAAGCAGCCUAUGCCAAUUUUAUUGGUAAAAUUGUAUGCUUAUUUUUAUUUAUUUAAAAAUAUAUUUUUUAUAAUAAAAUAUUAUUAAAAAUAUCUAUACAAUAAUAAAUAAAAUGCCAAUAGCGAAUUCAUUAUAAUAUUUGCUUUCUAAAUAAAACAAUUAAUAAAUAUUUGAAUUUAGAAGUAAAUUUAUUCUAUUAGAGCAUAAUACCAUGCUUAUCAAAUCAUGAGAAGCAUUGCCUAUCUCCACGCUACCGGAGUUUGCCACCGCGACAUAAAGCCUCAAAAUGUAUUAGUAGACACCAAUAGCCAUAUCGUCAAACUUUGUGAUUUUGGCUCAGCCAAAAAAUUAGUCAAAGGUGAGCCUAAUGUCAGCUAUAUUUGCUCCAGAUAUUAUAGAGCUCCUGAGCUAAUUUUUGGUGCCACUGAUUAUACGACAGCCAUUGAUGUCUGAAGUGGAGCUGCCGUUAUAGCAGAAUUGAUAUUAGGCCAGCCUUUAUUCCCAGGCGAAAGCAGUAUUGACCAGCUUGUCGAAGUAAUAAAAAUCCUAGGGACUCCUACAAGAAACCAAAUUAAUGAUAUGAACCCAAAUUAUAUAGAAAGAAGAUUUCCUCAAAUAAGACAGCAGCCUUUGGACAGGAUUUUUAAGGCAGGGACUCCUCCAGAUAUCAUUGACUUUUUGAGUGGAAUUUUGGUUUAUUCGCCUCAGUUAAGGCCUACAGCACUACAAAGCUUAGCACACCCAUGUUUUGAUAUUUUGAGGGAUGAAAACACGAGGCUGCCUAAUGGAAAUCCAUUACCAAGUCUAUUUAAUUGGACACCGGAGGAAAGAAGUGCAGGGAAUUUGCAAUUGUUUAGACAAUUGACUCCACGUUGGUUCCGAGCAUAA